GCAUCACCUACUUAACCUAGCGUUUCUCAUUCGCAGUCUCCCUCCAAAACUUUCGAAACACACAAACCCUUCUCAAGGGUUAGGGUUAGGGUUUUGCCUUAUCUAUAUACAUAAAAAAAACCACUCUUCUUCAUUCCAAUAAUAAUAGCCUCGCCAAUUUAAACAACAAUGCCAAGGCACAGAAGCCGGAGCAGAAGCUACAGUCCUGGUCGCCGUAGCCGAACCCCUCCUCGGGGCCGUAAGCGAUACGAUGACGAAGAUCGCCACCGUGACACCCGUUCUUACCGUGACCGUCGCUCUCCUGCUCCAUCUGGCUUGCUCAUUCGCAAUCUCCCUCUCGACGCCAGGCCUGAAGAUCUUAGGGGGCCAUUUGAGAAAUUUGGUCCUUUGAAAGAUAUUUAUCUGCCCAAGAAUUACUACACUGGCGAACCACGAGGGUUUGGAUUUGUGAAGUAUCGUUACGGUGAAGAUGCAGCUGAAGCAAAAAAACGGAUGGACCAUAAAAUCAUUGGUGGACGUGAGAUAAGAAUUGUCUUUGCUGAGGAGAACAGAAAAACACCUCAAGAAAUGCGCAGAACUCCUCGUACAAGUGACCGACAUGGAGGCAGCCAUGGAGGGAGAACACCACCAAGGUCCCCAAGACAUCGAUAUUGUUCCUACUCACGCUCACCUUCACCUGCCAGGCAUGAUUCGAGGGAUCGCGUUGUGAAUGAGGAUUAUUGCUCUCCACGGAGAUUAAGAUCCAUUUCACGCUCUCGUUCUCCACUAGAUGAGAGGGACUUCCAGGUAGACCAGCGGUCGCUAAGUCCAUUGCAGAAGGGCCGAAACCCCAAGGAAAGGAACCAUGCAUCUCGUGGGUCAAGGACUCUGAGGGCCAAUAGCCGUAGUCCAUCAAGGUCGCAUUCACAAUCCUAUGGUUCUCGCUAAUGGCUGUUCUUAUUUACGCUGCCAUUUUAUGCUGGAUGCGGUUCUGUUGGAGAUCAUCCCGCGGGGUAGUAACUAUAAGCUCUAUGAAGAAUGUUACUAUGGCUAUGAUAUGUGGAUUUCUUUUGGUUUAGAGUACUUGUUAUCUCAGUGACUAGGAUGCAUUCUCGUGCAUGUCAAUAUUUUGUGCUGCUCAUGUGGUUCCUGUUGGAAAUCGUACUGUCUAGAUGACUUGCUAAUAACCCUAUUUGGCUGCCUAUGUUCAUGCCAAGUGAAUUCAGACCCAUCGUAUUUUAGUAUUCCAUAAAUUGGUGUUUGUAAUUUCCAGAGCUCAUUACCUUAUUACU